CCUUCUCCUCUCUUCUCAAAUCCUCUCAUGUGUGUUCUAGGUUUUAGCGGCAGCUUAAUUUUGUGAUUCAGGGGGGCGAAGUCGAAUGAGAAGAAGAGACACAACAGAGAUGCUAAAAGUUUCACUCAUCUUCACUACCAGUACAACGACCAUCACCACCGUCUCCUUCUUCUUCAUCCCCUGUUACAUCUAAGAGUGAUAAAUACCAAAUACUUUGAUCAAUUUUUUUUAUAAGUUUCGAUCAAAAUUAAUCAGUACCUGGAGAAAUUAGUGAUUAUUACUGAGUUAGGCAUGGAUCAUUCUUAUAUUUCCUACUUAAGUUUCAGUUUUUUUCAUGAAUUUUAGCUAAACUGAAAACUCAGGGUUUCAUAAAUUUGGGGAUUUUAGAAAUUGUGUUGAAAUGUAAUAAUUGAUACUCUUAUAUGAAUUGGGUUUCCUUUCAAAUCGAGUUUUGUCACUCUAAUUUGUAUUUAAUCGAUUUUUUAAUUUUCCUUCUUUCAUGGCAAAUAGAGGAAUUCAGGUAAAGAAGAAGGAAUAGAGGAUGGGUUCUGCUGAUGGUUGUUAUUGACAAAAAAAAUCAAUGGAGGGGUUUGAAUCUGAUGCCAUAUUCUUGAAGCUGCAGCUGUGGAUGUUGAGAAAUCAGUAAUGAUGAAUGAUAUGGGUUUUACUGUGGUUGCGCAUGGGUCUGAGACAAUUGAUAAGAAAAUGGAAGAUGGCAUGAAUUAAUGAUAGUUUUUAGUUUGUUUUGCUUCCGAAAGAAAUUUGUUGGGAAGGUGUUUUGUGAUGUGUAUUUGUAAUGGAGAAAUUGUAGCUGCAGGGAUGGAUGGUAUUGGCAGUAAAGGCGAUGGUGAUUGUGCGACCUCUUGCUUGCAAACAUCAUCUGCAAAAUGGGUGAGAUGGUUGGUAACAACUAUGUAGAUGGUCAGUGGGCUGCUGGGAAUGCACCGAUGUACUACGUUAUGUCUCCAAAGGAUGUCAUCAUUGCAAAGCCUAGAAAGAUUAUCCUUAUUACGGUCAUUUUUGUUGAAGUACUUUAUUUCAAUUACUCGGCGCUUCUUAUUCUUCGUAUGGAUGCGGAAGAUCGUAUUAGCUUGGCUUCUUCAACACGGGAAUCACGGGAAUCAGGUGGUUUACUGUUGGAAGAACUAGGAAAAUCUCUUGGAACUUGCCUGAAGAAAUCAAAUUAUUUGCUGAAAAGACUUGAUGCAGUUCCUUGGCCCUUACAACUUAUUUGAGCAAAAUAGCUGCAUUCAAAAAAGAGAGAUCAAGCUGAAGAAACAAAAAAAAGAGCUGAUCUCCCGUAGUCUUCAUCGGUUUCCAACGAGGUAAGGAGGUUAUUCUUUAUUACUCCUUAGUUGUGCUGAUCACUUUGAAAUUUGAUCAGUUCCCUUUGACUCUUUCUUUGUGGAAUCAAUGUAUAUUUUCAUUAUGGGUGUUUACAAUAAUCUUUAUCCACAAAUAUCAAACCCUUUCUUUGAACCUUGUCUCAAUGAUCGAACUUAAAGAUAUGAACUGAGUGCCAUUUGAUGAGUCACUGAGAACAAAGGAGAGGGAUAU